AUGUAUGCCUACAACUCCCAGUUACCUGAUGAGAUUCCUUUUUUUCUUUUUAAUGUUACAAUGUUUCUUUCUUUUGUUCAUUCUUUUUGUUUUGAGCAUUCACAAUACAUAGAGUUUUUCUUUUAUUCAAGACACAGAUUAAGUCUUCGUUUCUUUCUUAUAUUUAAGAUACAUACAUUCUUUCUUUCUUUCUUUCUUACUUUCUUUCUUUCUUUCUUUUAUUCCAGGUGCACAAAAUCUUUCUUCCUUUCUUUCUUACAUUUAAGAUACAUAGAUUCUUUCUUUCUUUCUUUCUUUCUUUCUUUCUUUCUUUCUUUUUUAUUCCAGAUUCACAGAUUCUGUCUUCCUUUCUUUCUUAUAUUUAAGAUACAUACAUUCCUUCUUUCUUUCUUUCUUUCUUUCUUUCUUUUAUCCCAGAUGCACAGAUUAAGUCUUCCUUUCUUUCUUAUAUUUAAGAUACAUACAUUCUUUCUUUCUUUCUUUCUUCCUUCCUUUUAUUCCAGAUUCUUGCUUUCUUUCUUUCUUUCUUUCUUUCUUUCUUUCUUUUAUUCCAGAUUCACAGAUUCUGUCUUCCUUUCUUUCUUAUAUUUAAGAUACAUACAUUCUUUCUUUCUUUCUUUUCUUUUUUCUUUCUUUCUUUCUUUCUUUCUUUCUUUCUUUCUUUUAUCCCAGAUGCACAGAUUAAGUCUUCCUUUCUUUCUUAUAUUUAAGAUACAUACAUUCUUUCUUUCUUUCUUUCUUUCUUUCUUUCUUUCUUUUUUUCUUUUAUUCCAGAUUCUUGCUUUCUUUCUUUCUUUCUUUCUUUCUUUCUUUUUCUUUUCUUUUAUUUCAGAUUCACAGAUUCUGUCUUCCUUUCUUUCUUAUUUAUUCCAGAUUCCACAGAUUCUUUCUUUCUUUCUUUCUUUCUUUCUUUCUUUGAAGAUGCACAGAUUAAGUUUCGUUUCUUUCUUAUUAUUUAAGAUACAUACUUUCUUUCUUUCUUUCUUUUUUUUUCCUUUUAUUCCAGUCUUCGUUUCUUUCUUAUAUUUAAGAUACAUACAUACUUUCUUUCUUUUCUUUUCUUUCUUUCUUUCUUUCUUUCUUUCUUUCCUUUUAUUCCAGAUGCAGAUUAAGUCUUCUUUUCUUUCUUAUAUUUUAGAUACAUUCUUCCUUUUCUUUACAUUUCUUUCUUUCUUUCUUUUUCUUUGUUUCUUUUUUCCAGAUGCAGAUUCAUUCUUUCUUUCUUUUUCAUUUGUUCCUUUCUUUCUUUCUUUCUUUUUCUUUCUUUCUUUUAUCCCAGAUGCACAGAUUAAAUGCAUAGACUCUUUCUUUCUUUCUUUCUUUCUUUCUUUCUUUCUUUCUUUUAUUUCCAGAUUAGAUUCUGUCUUCCUUUCUUUCUUUAUUUUUCUUUACUUUCUUUCUUUCUUUCUUUUUUUCUUUCUUUCUUUCUUUCUUUCUUUCUUUCUUUCUUUCUUUUAUUCCAGAUGCACAGAUUCAUUCUUCCUUUCUUUCUUACAUUUAAGAUACAUAGAUCCUUUCUUUCUUUCUUUCUUUCUUUCUUUCUUUCUUUUAUCCCAGAUGCACAGAUUAAGUCUUCGUUUCUUUCUUAUAUUUAAGAUACAUACAUACAUUCUUUCUUUCUUUCUUUCUUUCUUCCUUUUAUUCCAGAUACAUUCUUUCUUUCUUUCUUUCUUUCUUUCUUUCUUUCUUUCUUUCUUUCUUUCUUUCUUUUAUUCCAGAUGCACAGAUUCUUUCUUUCUUCCAUUUAAGAUACAUAGAUUCUUUCUUUCUUUCUUUCUUUCUUUCUUUCUUUCUUUCUUUCAGAUUUCUUUUUCUUUCUUUUAUUCCAGAUACAUACAUACAUUCUUUCUUUCUUUCUUUCUUUCUUCCUUUUUAUUUUUUUUCUUAUAUUUAAGAUACAUACAUUCUUUCUUUCUUUCUUUCUUUCUUUCUUUCUUUCUUUUAUUCCAGAUGCACAGAUUCAUUCUUCCUUUCUUUCUUACAUUUAAGAUACAUAGAUUCUUUCUUUCUUUCUUUCUUUCUUUCUUUCUUUCUUUCUUUCUUUUAUCCCAGAUGCACAGAUUAAGUCUUCGUUUCUUUCUUAUAUUUAAGAUACAUACAUACAUUCUUUCUUUCUUUCUUUCUUCCUUUUAUUCCAGGUGCACAAAUUCUUUCUUCCUUUCUUUCUUACAUUUAAGAUACAUAGAUUCUUUCUUUCUUUUUUUUUUUUCAGCUUUCUUUCUUUCUUUCUUUCUUUUUAUUCCAGAUGCUUUCUUUUUUUUUUAUUCCAGAUGCACAGAUUCUUUCUUUCUUACAUUUAAGUUACAUAGAUUCUUUCUUUCUAGAAUUCAAUAUAAAUAG